UCCAAAGCGGAAGCGCAGCCCUUCUCCUAUCAAUCGUCACUUGUGUGGAACUUUUUAAGAGGACUGGGAGUUUUCUUUUUUUCCCCCCUCCCGAAACAUUCCUCGCUUUCCAGGAGAAGCAUGAGCAGUCCCCGUGUGACGGCCCGGCUCCGAAGACAAGUUAGAAGGGAGAGGAAACUAAGCUGGAAUCUUCCUGCAUGAAUCCUACAUUUAGUCUUGGCACGCCAGGUGUUGUUUGAAGCAGUUUGUGCUGAAAGGUCCUGCACCUGAAAGAUGACUCAGUCAAUGCAAGUUAACCCAAAGCUGCCUGAUUUAGCCUCUCCAUUUAUCUAUUCCAGUCAAGAGGAAGUUGACCAGCCGGCAUCUUACUCUGUCCAAACGCCAUAUGGUUUCCAGCUUGACCUGGACUUCCUCAAAUAUGUGGAAGAGAUAGAAAGUGGGCAUAACAUCCGCAGGGCAGCUGUCACAACUCGCCGUUCUGGACGCGGACUCAAAACCUCUCAGAGAUGUGUGGGUGGUCGCACAAGUGGUUGGACAUCCACAGAGUCUCUUGCCUCUCCUGGUAGCGAGGAUGGCAGAGUUCCUCCCCUGCCACCGCCAAGAAACCGCCUUGGCUCUGCACCCUGCGAAGUGCUUUCUCUAUCCCCUGUGACUAUCUUCAGUGCCCCCCCACAGUCUGCUGGGGGCAAAAUCCCACCCCCUCCACCACAGCGCAACCCUAGAGUUGAGCGAACUCUUCUUGAAACAAGCCGGCGACUACAGCAGGAACAAAGCCAGCACAAUGGUGGGCGAUUCCAGCUUGCAGACCCCCCCAAGCAGCUGUCCAGCUCUGCAUCGAGUCAGCCACUGCAGAGUAGCUGGACUAAACCGAGUCCUCAGACUUCUGGACUCAACACUCCUGCUACCGGCACUACAGUGACACCAGUUCCUCCCAGCCAACUGCAGACAGUUAGAGAGCAGAUGGCUACAGCCUUGAAACAACUGAAGGAGAUGGAGGAACGAGUAAAAGGUGUUCCGGCUCUCGAAAAAGAGGUAGCUGAGCUUCGUGCUGAAAAAGACAUGCUGCUGUUAGCACUUCAGGAGAAGAAAGCAGCCAUGGAUGUGAUCCCUAUGCCACAGAAACAAUCGGUAGAGUCCUCUACCCAGACCACAGAGACCUCCCAAUCCAGCCCGAGCAUCCAAAGUCGAUUAAGUUCCCCUGCCUCACCAGGUUACAAAGGCCAUGGAAAAUCUGGAGAACUGAAAAAGCUUGCUGAGAAAUUUGAGGGGAAGGAAGAACGUGGUGCUGAAUUUGCAUCGAAAGUUGUAAUGAAGGUUCCGGGAAAGCAGUCUGUUGACAAGAAAUCAGUGGCUGUGGGAGAUGAUCAGCCCGUGGACUCAAUUGUUAUCUAUUACAACCACAGUGUGAAAGAUGUUGGUGAGGGUACCGAGCUCCAUGUUUGUGAGCAGGGUACAGGGACUGAAAAGCCUGUGCUCCACGAGGAAGGAACACAGGUUAAAGCAGAGACAGAGGAGGCUGGAGUUUGGGUAAUGGAGUCACUGCUUGGGCUCACGUCUGAGGCACAGCGUGAAAUGGACACCUUACAGGACACCGUUAAAUUCCAGCAGGACUCCAUUACAAGUCUAAAGAGUCAGUUGAGCGUGGCAGACAAAGAUCUUGGAACUCUUCGAGCACAGAUUGAGGAGAUAGCUUUUAAAGUCACGUUUGAGAAGGGAAUUCUUGCCAAACCAGAUGCUAAGGAUGCCCAGAUCGAGACUACAUCCUCUUUACUAAAGGAUGCUGCUGUUUUGUGCUGUCCAGCUGUGAUGGAUGUAUGUGUCGGCAACAGUUUUUCCACAGACCUGAUCGAGGAAAGUACCCAAACUGAUACUAUUGCAACACAAAAAGAACCAGCAUCUGUUGUAAUGGCCACCAUUGGUUGCCAGUACGAUAAUAUGAUUGAAAAUAAACCUGAAGAGCAGAAAGUUACCGUGUUAAAGAAGAGACAGUUGACAAUAAAUGAUUAUAAGAUCUUUCCAGAGGAGGCAGUCAGUAUGUCAGAGGAGAAAGCUGAAGACCAAGAAGACAUAACGACACCCAAUGUUGUCAAGACAGGUAUGCUGAAAUCCAUUAUGAAGAGGAAAGAUGGCAACGGUGCAGGUGAAAAUCGCACCACAGGCAAGAAGAGCCUGCAGUUUGUUGGCAUUUUAAAUGGAGGGUAUGAAUCGACAUCCAGUGAUGAAGAAGAAGAAGAUGAGGAGGAGGAGGAAGAGGGAAGCUCAUCUGAAGAAAGUGCCGAGGGCGACUGCUUGGACAGCACAGAAGAGGAUGAAGUGGAUCUGGGGGAAGAGACGUCAGAGGAGGAGAGAAACGUCAACCUGGAUGAAAGUGACACUGAUGAGGAAAUUUUGAGAGCAUCAAAUGGGUCAUCUGAUGGCAUCAAAGAGAAGUUUGAACUGAGCUCCAAAAUGCGCGAAGCUUGCCUAAUUCUCAAGACUCACCUCAAUGAUGACAUCCAAACACUGAAGAGUAAGGAUGUGCUUGCCAGCACUCACAUGGUCCAGCUCGAGUGGUUCCGUGUUUCCAGCGCCAAAACGGCUCAUCCUCCGCGGGUGUCCGACUAUUUGAUGGCGUUCUCUGAGGUGUCUGCGUUGCUGCUGAAGCACAUAGUCAACAUGACCGACGGCAACGGCAACACCGCUCUUCACUACAGUGUCUCACACUCCAACUUUGGAGUCGUGGAUCUGCUGUUGGACACGGACAUGUGCUGUGUGGACCAACAGAACAAGGCGGGUUACACGGCCAUCAUGUUGGCUGCUCUGUCCACUUUGAAGGAAGACGACGACAUGUCCGUAGUCAAGAAGCUCUUCAGCAAGGGCAAUGUCAAUGCCAAGGCCAGCCAGGCAUGUCAGACGGCACUGAUGUUAGCGGUGAGUCACGGCCGUCAGGAGAUGGUGGAGGCGCUUCUGGAGUGUGGCGGUGAUGUCAACGUGCAGGAUGAUGAAGGCUCCACAGCUCUGAUGUGCGCUAGCGAACACGGCCGAGCCGAGAUUGUCAAACUCCUCCUUGAACAGCCUGGUUGCGACAUUUCCAUCGUUGAUAAUGAUGGCAGCAAUGCGCUCUCCAUCGCGUUGGAGGCAUCUCACAAUGACACUGCUGUGCUGCUCUACGCUCAUAUGAACUAUGCAAAAACUCAGAGCGCUGUGGGAAGUCCAAAGUCUCCGAGGAGCCCGACCAGUAGCCACAAGUCAUGGCCGCCAGAGUGACAUCAUUGCAACAGAAGAAAAGCAAAAUUAACUGGAUCUGGGCUGUGAAAAGCUCCACUGGAAUUGAAUAAAAUCAUAAAGUAUUUAUAUAUUGUAAUAUGCUAUGCAUUGCAUUGUUAAUAUGAGAAUAUUAUUUUUCCAUCAAGAUGAUGAAAGGUUAUAUUAUUUCUCCAACUAAUAAUUUUAUUGCAUGUCAGUUACAGGAGAUUGUACUAUUUGCACUCCACUAACAUGUAUACUCAAAAGGCAACGCAUCAAUAACACUGCCAUUUUAAAGUAAGGAACUGUACACACAAGACUUGAGAAGAAACUACAUUUUCCUGAGAAAGUUAAUGUGAAUGCAGUCGCAAAGCAGAGAUAUCAAAGAAUCUGUCAUAGUACAUGAUUCUUUGUUGCAGUUCCGAUUGAUCUCCUGUGUAUGAAACCAGAUGUGUACUAUGUAACAGUUGGUGAUAAGUGAGACGUUCAAGAUGUAUAGUCAAUAUAUACAGAUAAUUACAUAUAUGUUUCGAUGAUAUUAUUAUCUCUGUUAAGUCUGCCUAUAUUCUUUGACACUCAUCAGUUCACGUCAGUUUGUGAUUCGUAUUUGAAGUGCAGGUCAGCGAUGUCCCAGUUUACAGAAAGUUGGCAUGCUUGCUUUUCAAGAAAAUUUUAUUUUAAUGUCAGUUUGUGGCAUGCUUGCUUUUCAAGAAAAUUUUAUUUUAAUGUCAGUUUGUGUCUCAGUAUUCACAUAAACUAACUCUUAUCCUACCUUUUGUUUGAGGCGUUUGCUUACAUUUUUUUUUUCCAGUACAGUCGAUCUUACUAAUGUGAAUGCAAUCUAUCUACACAUACUGUAAUAUUUGCCCUUUAAUUGACUGACAACCAGUCCAGGUUGUAGUUUUCCAUUCACCAGAAGUCAGCUCCAUGAGACGAAAAGCAGUGAAGAAAAUGUAAUGUAGUGCAAUACAAUUUGUGAAGUUUAAAUAUUACAAUGUUCAGAUGUCAUUAUUUUUGGGGGGAGAUUUUCAGUUUCUAAACCAAAUUAUUAUGUAAAUUUCAUCAAUGUAGUUACUUGUGCUGGUUUGGAGUCAAAUGUGGAUCAAAUGACUCUAAACAAGUAAUUAGACUUUUAGCCUCUCCCAAUCGAAUAAAUACAAUUUACAGUAUAUGAAGAGUGUAUAACUGUUAUAGUUACAUCAAGGUUUCUGUGAAUUGUUUGCUUUCUUCAAACCUAUUUAGACAUGAUCUUAAAUACUGUAUAAACGAUGUCAAUAUUUUCCCAAUAAAGUACAUUUAACUACA